CUUACAUUUCUAAGCAUGCUUGGGAUUUAAGCACAUCCCCAUGGCUACUCAUAAAAUUUAUAGUAUUGUUUUCUUUGUGAUAUUGGGUAUCGGCAUAAGCUCUGCAACUAGAGCCCUCCUUACAUAUGAAGGAAGCUAUGGCGCAGGGCAUGGUGCUGGUUCAGGCAGUGGUUCUGGGUAUGGGGGUAGAGGUGGUGGAGGCUAUGGUGGUGGAGGCGGCUCCGGGGGUGGUGAAGGCUAUGCGGCUGUAGGGGAUCAUGGUGCUGCUGGGUAUGGAAGUGGAGGUGGCAGUGGAAGCGGUGGUGGUGAAGGCUAUGAAGGUGGUCGAGGUGGUGGCAGCGGUGGCGGUGGUGGUGGCGGCAGUGGCGGUGGGGGUGGAUCUGCUUAUGGAGCUGGAGGUGCAGGAUAUGGAAGUGGAGGUGGGGAAGGAAGUGGUGCCGGAUUUGGAGGAGCAAAUGGUGGUGGAAGUGGUGGCGGUGGAGGUGGUGGUAGUGGAGGAGGUGGUGGUGCCUCAUACGGUGCAGGAGGGGCGCAUGGCGGUGGCUCUGGAAGUGGUCAAGGUAGCGGAAGUGGUGGCGGCUAUGGUGCUGGUGAAGGAAAAGGUGGUGGUGGUGGUGGUGGUGGUGGCAGUGGUGGAGGUGGUGGCGGCGGUACUUCAUAUGGUGCAGGAGGGGACCAUGGCAUUGGUUCCGGAAGUGGUCAAGGUAGUGGGAGUGGUGGCGGCUAUGGUGCUGGUGAAGGUGGCGGCGCUGGUGGUGGGAGCGGGGGUGGCGGUGGUGGCGGUAGUGGCGGUGGAGGUGGUGCUGCAUAUGGUGCAGGAGGCCAUGGUGCUGGUUCCGGAAGUGGUCAAGGCAGCGGGAGUGGUGGUGGCUAUGGCGCUGGUGGAGGCAAAGGUGGUGGUGGUGGCGGUGGAUCAGGUGGUGGAGCAGCCUAUGGUGCUGGGGGGGAGCAUGGAGUGGGAUAUGGAGGAGGGUCUGGGAGUGGUUAUGGUGGUGGGUAUGCUCCUUGAGAAAACAUCUCAAUCUAAAAUGGAUACUUACCAUAUAUAUAUGAUUAAGAAUAAUGAUAUAUAUUGGGCUGGAUAAGGUGAUGUGUAUGAAUGCAUUGGAUAUGCAUAUUGCCCCUCUCAAGUUGUAUCAUUUCAUGACUAUAUAAUAUGCAUUCCUCUUUUAUGUUUGCUUUUAAA